AUAAAACUUUCAGUUACAGGAUUCCCACUUACUAGUUUGGUAACAGUUCCUUGGUUCCUUGGUGAAGUUCGAGGCUAUUCAAAAUUAUAUGAUAAUAUUAAUGAUUAUGGAAUAGUUUACGGAAUAUUUUCAAUCAUACUAUUUUUAUUCUUUACCGAUAUGUGUAUUUAUUGGAUUCAUCGAUGGCUACACCUUCCAUUAAUUUAUAAAAUUUUGCACAAGCCUCAUCAUCGUUGGAUUG